CUCUCUUUUUCUUAUAACUAUAUCUAUAUAUAAUGGAACAGCAUUGAGAAAAGAGUUUCAGCUCCAGCAGCACAAACCUCACACUACUCUCUCUCCCUCUCUCUAAAUUAUAGUGAGUGGUAGUAGUUCUUAAUUAGUUAUAGAGAGAGAUGGGGAGGAGUCCUUGUUGUUCUAAAGAAGGCUUAAAUAGAGGAGCAUGGACUGCUAUGGAAGAUAGAAUACUGAGUGAGUAUAUUAAAGUUCACGGUGAAGGAAAAUGGAGAAGCCUUCCUAAAAGAGCAGGGCUAAAGAGAUGUGGGAAGAGUUGCCGGCUGAGAUGGCUCAACUAUCUGAGACCUGAUAUCAAAAGAGGAAACAUUUCUCCGGACGAAGAGGAGCUAAUUAUCAGGCUUCACAACCUCUUAGGCAACAGAUGGUCUUUGAUAGCUGGGCGGCUUCCAGGCCGAACAGACAAUGAAAUCAAGAACUAUUGGAACACAAAUAUUGGGAAGAAAGUUCAAGUUGCAGCUGAUCAUCACAACAACUUUCUUACAAAGUCCAAUAAUAAUACGACAAGUCGUAAAGCAUCAUCCAAUAUUCGUUGUAGUAGCAGUAGUACUACUACUGGUAGAUCAUUACAACAGCAGCAGUUAUUAGUGUCAACAAAGCUGAAAACUACUAGUACUACUACUAGUGCUGCUGCAGAUCAUGAUCAUGAUCAUGAUCAAUUGCAGCCAUCUAAUAAGACAAAUAAUAAUAAUAAUCAAGGUAAUUCAAAUGUAGUUCGAACCGUAGCCACAAGGUGCACCAAAGUUGUACUCCUUUCCCAAACAGAAGCACAAAACAAAGUACUACCACCCGAACAUCAUCAUCAUCAUCAGGACUACUGUAGUAAUUCAGAUCCUACGGUUGACGAUUGCUGGUUGCCCUCAGUGGUUGAUUACGAUGAACAAUUAGUCAACGGCUGUGAUCAAACCACGGGGCUCGAUUCCUCCUCUGUAGUUCCUGGUUACUCCCACCUCAUCAGUAUGAUUAAUGAGGAUGAUGAUAAUAAUAAUAAUAAUAAUAAUAUUGAGUUUGAGAAAUCCAAUGAUCCUGGAGAUUACUUGUCGGAAUUCCUUGACGUUGACUUUGGAUUUAUUAAUAAUGAUGACGUGGGUAGUCAGGUAAUCAGUUCGUCCAAUCGAAAAGGAGGCGCGUGUAGCUCGGAUCAAUCUUAUACUGAUCAUAAUAAUAGUGAAACUUUCUUCUUCUCUCAAGAUAUGAUGUUUGGCGUGGAUUUAGAUUCGGCUUCAGCCUCUCUCCAGCUCACUGACCCAGUUGACAUGGAUUGGCUUCACGACUAGACUAGUUAAUUUAACUAGAAAAAUCAAUAAGCUAUAAAGAAUAAUUAUAAAUUGUUUGAGCGUUAAUAAAAGCAAAAAUAAUAAACAGAGAUGAGUGUACAAUAAUUAGUCGUGUAAUAAGAAUGUUUAAUUACCUACGUAUUUUUAUGUAAAGUAUGUAUAAUCUGUAGUCUUCUGAACCAUAUGUAUUCGAAUAAUAUUAAUGUGUGCAUCUGGCUAA